GGGCAGCAAUAAUUCCCAGACAAACCACACUUUUACUUUGAGCAUUGGUGCCAAUUCCAUGGAGCUCAGGGUUUUUGAGUCAGUAUAUACAUAUAUAUAUAUAUAUGAUCAGAAAUUCAUGGCAAAGAAAAUGCAAAGCACCAUUAUUGGUGAUGCAAGAAAUUUACAGUGCGCUGCCCAUUACUUCACAGACUGUUGGAGCCCUAGAAAUUCGUGCAGCAGCAGCCGACCAGUUUCAGAUAAUUCCAAGCAUUCCCCAUGUGGGAUUCUCCCCCUUUUUACAUCUUCGAUCGCUCAUCACUCAUCACCAUCUCCCUCCUGCAGUUAGUUAGUUUCUGUGCAUUUGCUACUGCGUGCGGUGUUGAUUUUUGUGUUCGUUCUUUCUUUCAUUAUGUGGGAUUCGGAAAGUGAUUCGAUCAUCGGAGGACGGGAUUAUGGAAAUGGAGUUUUGUCGAGCAGCAGCAAGCCCGGCGUCAAGACUGAUGGGUUUGAACAGAGAGGGAAAUCAUGGUAUGUUUCGACUGAUAUUCCGAGUGAUAUUUUGGUCCAAAUUGGCGAAGUCAGUUUCCAUUUGCAUAAGUAUCCUCUGCUCUCCCGAAGCGGGAAGAUGAACAGAGUCAUAUACGAAUCGUCUCGCGACGUAGAGUUUAGCAAGAUUGCUCUAGACGAUCUCCCGGGGGGUCCCGACGCAUUCGAACUCGCGUCGAAAUUCUGCUACGGAAUCCCCGUCGAUCUAACGGCAACCAACAUAUCCGGCCUGCGCUGCGCGGCCGAGUAUCUCGAAAUGACGGAAGACUUGGAAGAAGGCAAUCUGAUAUUCAAAACGGAGGCUUUCCUCAGCUACGUCGUCCUGUCUUCCUGGCGCGACUCUAUCGUCGUUCUGAAAAGCUGCGAGAAGCUCUCACCGUGGGCUGAAAAUCUCCAGAUCGUGCGGCGGUGCAGCGAGUCGAUCGCCUGGAAAGCCUGUGCGAAUCCAAAAGGCAUACGAUGGCAUUACACGGGACGCCCCGCUCGAUCCGUGUCGAGCCCCAAAUGGAACGAGAUGAAGGACUCGAGCCCGAGCAGGAACUCUCCGGUGCCACCUGACUGGUGGUUCGAGGAUGUCUCGAUUCUCCGGAUCGAUCAUUUCGUCAGAGUUAUUACCGCGAUCAAGGUGAAGGGGAUGAGGUACGAGCUGAUCGGGGCUGCGAUAACGCAUUACGCCACGAAAUGGCUCCCCGGCGUUGUUACGAAAGAGAUGCCCGGAUCAGGCGCUGUCGACGACGGAAGUAACAGUAUAAACAGCCAUUGCAGCGGCAGCAGCGGCGGCGGCGGCGGUUGGAAAGGCGGGCUGCACAUGAUCGUCGUCGGGACGAAAGAAGACGCUCCGUCGCUCGUUCAGGCGAAAGAUCAGAGAAUGAUCGUCGAAAGCCUGAUCAGCAUAAUCCCGCCGCAGAAAGACAGCGUGUCGUGCUGCUUCCUUCUCCGGCUGCUGAGGAUGGCGAACAUGCUGAAAGUCGCGCCGGCGUUAGUCACCGAGCUCGAGAAACGCGUCGGGAUGCAACUGGAGCAGGCAACGCUGCCGGAUCUUCUCAUCCCAUCGUACAACAAAAUCGAGUCCCUCUACGAUGUCGACCUUGUCCAGAGGCUGCUCGAGCAUUUCCUCGUGCAAGAGCAGUCGGAAAGCUCCAGCCCGAGCCGGCAGUCGCUCUCCGACGCAAAAAUAUACGACGCGAUCCAACGAGGGACCGGAACGGCGACGGGGGCUAAUCCAAACGCGAAAAUGCGAGUCGCCCGCCUCAUCGACAGCUAUCUCACCGAGGUAUCCCGCGACAGAAACCUGUCGAUGACGAAAUUCCAGGUCCUUGCCGAGGCAUUACCGGAGUCCGCAAGAAUUUCAGACGAUGGGCUGUACAGGGCCGUCGACUCCUACCUCAAAGCGCACCCGACGCUGACGGAACACGAGAGGAAGCGGCUCUGCCGCGUCAUGGACUGUCAGAAGCUCUCGAUCGACGCGUGCAUGCACGCCGCGCAAAACGAGCGUCUCCCGCUCCGUGUCGUCGUUCAAGUCCUCUUCUCCGAGCAGGUGAAGAUAAGCAACGCCAUAGCCAACACCGGAUUAAAAGACACCGGCGAAUCCCAGAGCUACCAGCCAUUGAUAUCGAAUCGGAAAACUCUGCUGGAGGGGACGCCGCAGUCGUUUCAGGAAGGCUGGGCUGCGGCGAAGAAGGACAUCAACACACUGAAAUUCGAACUCGAGACCGUGAAAGCGAAGUACUCGGAGCUUCAGAACGAGAUGGAAGCGCUGCAGCGGCAGCUCGACAAGGGGCCGAAGCCGAAGACGGCGUCGUCGUCCGGGUGGGCCACCGGGUGGAAGAAGCUCGGCAACCGGCUAACGAAAAUGGCGGAAGCUCAUGACGCGGGGUCGAAUGUAGAGCAGCAGCCUAAGAAAGCUCCAAGAAGAUGGAGGAAUUCAAUUUCUUGACUUGAUGCAAUGAAAUUGAAACGAAAUGAGAUGGAAUUCCAUCAUUCAUUGCAGAUUUCUCAAACUUUCUUCACUUUGUUGCCCCAUAUCCAUAUGGGCCUCAAUUUUUCUGCAUUUCUCUAGUGUGUUGCUUUUCAUUUGAAUUUUGGGAGUGUAUCUAAAUUUAUUAUUGGGUAAAUUUAUAAUAACCAUUACUGUAUUUUAUUUAUUGAAUCAAAUAUCCUUUAUCUUAAUAUCUUUUU